CGGCUGGUCACACUGAAAGACGAGGCGUAUGUAUACAAAUUGGCGUAGUGUGUGAAAAAUCGUAUUUGCCAAAUAAUUAUUAUUGUUGCUGAAUUGCACAUUGUUGUGUGAAAAAGUUCCUGCUUAACAAACGAGCACAAAUCGAGCUUAGCCCCGCCUCAACUACAUACAUAUCCGUCUUGGCCAACGCAACCUCCAACCACCGCACACACACCAAAGCCAGCCCGAGAUUUCGCACUGUGAGUCACUUGCCCAGAUUUCCCCGAGAGCCGUACGUAGACAGCAGACGUCGCCGUCGCCGCGCAACCACUUGCUUGCCAAUUACUUAAGUCACCUUUUCGAGGCAAGCAGCUAAUCCAGACAUGGCCGCCGUGGAGAACAAUGAGCCCCGCACGGAGCUGCAGGAGCUCCAGUUCAAGUCCGGCCAAGUGGCGGAUGAGUCUUUAGAGAGCACACGCCGCAUGCUCAGUCUGAUGGACGAGAGCAAGGAGGCGGGCAUCCGCACGCUGGUGGCUCUCGACGACCAGGGCGAGCAGCUGGACCGCAUCGAGGAGGGCAUGGAUCGCAUUAACGCGGACAUGCGGGAAGCGGAGAAGAAUCUGAGCGGCAUGGAGAAGUGCUGCGGCAUUUGUGUGCUGCCUUGGAAGAAGGUGAACAUCAAGGAUGACGGCGAGAGCGCCUGGAAGGCCAACGACGAUGGCAAGAUCGUGGCCAGUCAGCCGCAGCGCGUCAUCGAUGAGAGGGAGCGCGGCGGAAUGGGCGCUCCGCCGCAAUCAGGCUAUGUGGCGCGUAUUACGAACGAUGCCCGUGAGGAUGAGAUGGACGAGAAUCUGGGCCAGGUGAACUCCAUGUUGGGAAAUCUGCGGAACAUGGCGCUAGACAUGGGCUCGGAGCUGGAGAACCAGAAUAAGCAGGUGGACCGCAUCAAUGCCAAGGGCGAUGCCAACAACAUCCGCAUGGACGGCGUCAACAAGCGCGCCAACAACCUGCUCAAGAGUUAAAUUCGCACAAAGACGGUCUCAAUUCAAAAUCAAUAGUGAAAUACGAUAGCCAGGAAUCCACGGAAUAGCCAGUCAGUCCCCCUCCCACUACCAUCAACCAGGCCAGAGAGGGUACGAACCAAAAAUGUUGUGUGGGCACAAACAGGAGCAGCAGCUGUUACUGCAGGCUACUGCUUUAUUUAUACUAUAUAUUAUAUACAAAUACAAGUAGUAUACUUGACUCCGACUCCUGGCGGGGCGGCAAACGUAACGGACCCAUCUACACACCUACCAGCGCACCUCACCAGCCGGAAGAACUUGCUACUUUCUACGACUAUACUUACUCUACUAUCUACAUAUAUUUACUGUACUAUAUGCGUGCGAACCACAAAGUAACUACUUACUAUUACUUACACUCGUGUACAAACAAGGGCGAACUCCUCGCGGAUUUGCCGGAAACAAUUUUAUUAUGAGAUUUACCAGACGAUGGACGUACUCUGUUUUUGGUACAAAACUUUUUGAGCAUUUUACCAAACUCUGUGUGGAAUCAAAAGCCAUGUAACUACUGAGAUGUAUGGAUAUAUUUACAAUUUAUAGAACCACCGGACACGGACAUCGAUCACUGAUCAUUUGUGGUGUCUCAUAUCGUAGCCAAUUUUAUGUUCUCCAUUGUUGAGCCUCUUAUGCUUGAUCAAGAUCAACAAAACAGUCCAGCACAGAUUCUAUUGAAUUAAUAAUGUAACCUAGACUCGCACUCGAACCCCCCGACCCCCUGCUUCUUAAAUGUAUAUCCCAAGUGAAUGUAACCGAAUGAGUUUCGCUUAGCCUAAGUAAACGUUGUUGAUUGCAAAUAAUAAUCCCAAUUAAUUAUUAGGAAACGACCGACCUGUUUGUGCGCAAGAUAUUUCUCGUUAAUU